CCGUGGAUAACAACGGCCGAUACGAGAUGCAGAAACGAGACGGCAGGGACAACCGCGGCGACAAGGAGCUCGGGGCUCGCAACUCUGAGCGCGAGCAGGAGGUCGCCAAGCGGACCUCCAGGGGCAGCGGUAAUGCCGCCCGGUCCAACGUGCACUCGUCCCGGCACAGCGUCACCUCGUCGUCCGGCGUGCUCAUGGUCGGCCCCAACUUCCGGGUCGGCAAGAAAAUCGGCUGUGGAAACUUCGGGGAGCUUCGUCUCGGGAAGAACCUGUACAAUAAUGAGCACGUAGCAAUUAAAAUGGAACCAAUGAAGUCAAAGGCACCACAGCUACAUUUAGAAUAUAGGUUUUACAAAUUAUUAGGUACACAUGUUCAUAACACACAUAUAGAGGGUAUACCGGAGGUGUACUACUUCGGCCCGUGCGGGAAGUACAACGCCCUGGUGAUGGAGCUUCUCGGACCGAGCCUCGAAGACCUUUUCGACCUCUGCGGGAGGAGGUUCACCCUCAAGACCGUUCUCAACAUUGCCACACAACUCCUCCAUAGGAUAGAAUACGUUCAUAGUCGGCAUUUGAUAUACCGCGACAUCAAGCCGGAAAAUUUUCUGAUAGGACGAUCCACUACCAAGCGGGAAAAGAUCAUUCACAUAAUCGAUUUUGGACUAGCCAAAGAGUACAUAGACCUGGAGACGAACAAGCAUAUACCGUAUCGGGAACACAAGAGUCUCACCGGCACGGCGCGUUAUAUGAGCAUUAACACGCAUCUUGGCAAAGAGCAAAGCAGAAGAGACGAUCUGGAAGCGCUGGGUCACAUGUUCAUGUACUUCCUGCGUGGCAGCCUGCCAUGGCAAGGACUAAAGGCCGAUACGUUGAAAGAACGCUAUCAGAAGAUUGGUGACACGAAACGAGCGACGCCAAUCGAAGUGCUCUGCGACGGUCAUCCCGAGGAGAUGGCCACGUAUCUGCGCUACGUACGCAGGCUGGACUUCUUUGAAACGCCGGAUUACGAGUACUUGAGGAAGCUCUUCCACGAUUUGUACGAGAGACGUGGUUUCGUCAAUGACGGCGAAUUCGAUUGGACCGGCAAGACAAUGUCCACGCCCGUCGGAUCCCUUCAAACUGGCCAGGAGAUCGUUGUAUCGCCAAAUCGUGAUCGGCAUCCCGCCGCUUAUAAGGACGUGGCAGGUGGAGGGGUGGGAGGUGGGGGCGGUAAGGGGGUGGGAGCCACGUGGCCAGAUACUGUGAAGCAAUCAGGAGCCGGUGGUACAUUGACACCUGCUGACAGGCACGGUUCUGUACAGGUGGUGUCGUCGACUAAUGGAGAGCUAGCCAAUGAUGAUCCGACCGCUGGUCACUCCAAUACACCAAUCACAGCACCUCAAGAAGUGGACAUGAUCGACGAAACCAAUGUUUGCUUCAUUUCCAGAUGCUGUUGCUUCUUCAAGCGCAAGAAGAAGAAAAGUGGAAGGCAGAAAUGACUGUCCGUUACCGUUGGUCUCGGGGGGGCGGUGCAGUGCGCGGGUAAUAGUGCCGAUGGGUCCGCCGGAGGGGUCGUCGACGAGGUGCAUGCCGUCGUCGCGACGUCGAGGACGGGGAAACGUGUCGCGGCGGGAACGGCCGCGGGGAUGAUGAACGCAGUAGGUACAGCGGCCGAUACUGCCAGCAGCGCCGAUCCCGAGAGAGAGGCCGUUACUCUGCUACGCAUCGGCAGCCGAUCCGCGUCACGGGACUCGGUGCUGCACACGACCGUCACAAUGACGCCGACACCGACGCCGCCGCCACUGUCGAACUGAACCGCCACCAUCAUCACCAUCAUCAUCAUCAUCAUCAUCAUCAUCAUCGCCAUCAUCGUACAACUACAUUCUAUUACCGUCGCCGCUAUUAUCAUAUUAAUUGGACGAUUGCGCGACUCGGUCGAGAGAAUGAAGCUGCUUUUUCUGUGGCCAAUCGAGCUGUGAUCUUUUCGAUAAAUAGGCGGACUCGCUAACGACAACUCGACCUACAACUAACUCCACUUCUCAGCGUAAUGAAAUCGAAAUUGUAUAGUAUUUUCGCGUUAUCGCUGCGAUUAGAAUUGUUUUUAGCUACGUCUGCUGCAACAGUUGCAAAGAAAGCGCGGCCGAUCAGUGAAGAACUUGAUAACGUGUCUCUUCGGUUGAACCUUCGCGGAAACAGUCGGAUCCGCUUUCAAAACCUUCUCUUUUAUUUGUUUUAUACGUUGUACAAAUACAUAUAUAAGAAUACAUAAUACAUCUGAACAGUUGGACAAAGUAAAUGUAUUCUGCGACCCGCGCAAAUAUGAAAUUCUUUUUAGAGAAAAUUUAAUUAUUGGUUUCUAAUUAAUAAGACCAAUAAUUAAUACGACAGAAUGCAUUUUUCUUUGUAUCUUUUUUUUCGUAAUGCACUGCAAUGUGAAAAUUCAUGAAACAUAAAAUUGAUUGAAACGAAUUUUUACGUAUUUAUCCGGCGAGAUGUAACUGACCUCUCGUUCCUCAAGCUAAUAAACAUGAUUGUUGGAUGCUUAGAUGCCUAUUUUAAAUUUUCAUUAAAGUAAAAUCAGUGACAGAAAAACAUCUCUGGCUAUCGGUAUCCAUAUUUUUCGAUGCAUGUUGCAUGCAUCUUGCAUGUGCGUUUCGUUUGAUUCAUUUUUUCUCUCUUAUCGUCACAAAUGAGUCGAUGAAUAUUCUUAGUGGCCUUGAGCUACUGAUAGAAGUCAAGAGACGUUGGCGAAUCCACUUACCUACUUACUGAAUAAAUCCUCUCGUUUAGCCAAGAAAAGUGACCUCGUGCUAUUAUUAUUGCUACUAUUGUCAUGAUUACAUUUCAUCUUGUUGCUGCCCACUACUAUUACUACUUACUAUUGCUACUAUUACUACUAUUAGCACUAUGAUUACUAUUAUUAUAAUGAUUAUUCUUUAUUAUUAUAUAUUAUUUUAUUUCAUUAUUAUUAUUAUUAUUAUUAUUAUUAUUAUUAAUCUUUAAUUAUUACGUUGAUCGUACUCCUCGUCUUCAUCAUCAUUGUUAGUCACGAUCAUCAUCGUUUCCAUUUUCAUCGUCAUUAUUAUUCCUAUUGUCCGCACUCGCGUUUAUCAAUUACAUUACUAUCGAUAUCAUCAACAUAUUGACAUGUCGCUGUUGACUGAGAAUGGUCGUCGUCGGCCGGUCGUCGGUACCGAUGAACCAAUGAGCAGAGGAUUAUAUAGAAGUAAAAAGGAAUUGACGUACCGAUGUUGAGAGAACUUGUUUGUGCCUACGAUUUCUUGUAUCACGGGAACGCUUUUUAAUAAUGUCGCGUUGUGCGACAGACGGCCACGUUGGCGAUCGCAUAUAUACUGUGAAUUAUAACGAAUUGAAAUUACCACAGAUCUCAUUGUAUAUUCACAGCCCCGCAGGAUAAACGAGCAUAGUGUAUUAUCCCGGAUUUGUUGUAAUCGAGAGAUUUCGAUUGUCGCGAAGUCUGACUACAAUUCUCUGAAAGGCAUGAAACUGAAAAACGACGAUCGCGUUUCAGGGAAUCAGGGAUGGGAUUAAGAUGUCGAAUAUUUGUGAAUAAGUGUUCUCGCUUUCGCGUCUCUGUGAAUGAAGAGAACGUGUAGUAUACCCGCUAUAUGAAGUGAAAAUUCGCAUGCCUUAUUUUAUAUUACGUAUCUUUUGAUUUCGGAUUCUUUUUUUAAAUUCUAUCUAUCAAGAAAUAAUUUUAAUAUAUAUUGGAAUAUUUAUAAUAUAUGAUUUUGUAUCUAGUAGACAGAUUUUGUAAUUUUAAUUUUGAGUUGUAUAUUGUAGAAAGUACGAAAGAAUAGAGCAGUAUUAGAGUGUUAUUAAUAAACAUUAUUAAGGUAAUAUCGGAUAUGUACAGAAUUAUCCGAAUGCGUGUUAAUUAUCGAAAUGGUUACUUUGACAUCUACACUGCCUGUUUUUUCUACGCAAGGAUCAUGGAUGUACGAUAAUUCUACCAUACAUCAUCAUAAGUUCUAAUAUCCGCUGCACGGAUUGUGAUUGAUAUACAUUAAAGAACAUUUCACGCUAUACGACUAACGUUUAUUUCUCAAACGAAACGCAAAAUAUCUUUCCUCGAAUAUCUUUUUAUAUCACAAUAUCGUUUGCGAGUUUUUUAAGUAAUUUUUCCCAUCCGUCUGCAUACUCAUAAUUUUAAAUACGAGACAGAAAAUCCGCACAUUUUCCAAACAAUAUCAAAAAUUUCGGUUUCAUGCCUUUCAAAAACGAAAUUAUCAUAAGAGAGAAUAAUUUACCUUGCGCGACGAACGAUUGAAACAAUUACAUUUUACAUAACAUAUCGAUGAAAUAAGAUUUUUCUGUCGGUAGACUUUAUAGCGUAUAUAAUGAAAGUUUAUUAAAUCGUAAAUGUAUGCGAGAGGAACAAGUUGAAAUUACGUGACACUCGUGACAGUCGAUUCGUUUUCCAUCAGUGUGUACCGAUUGAAGAAAGAAGGAAAACGAAAAAAGAGAAAUAAAAAAAACAUUUUUUUUUCUAUAUAGAUUAUCUACUCAGAAGAGAAUGCGACAUUUGAGGAUAGUUCUUGUUUCCGUGUAUGUUUUCGAGACGAUUAUCAAAAAGAACAUAACGAGAAGUGAGAGAAGAAAGAGAAGCAACCGUAUGUUUGCGCCAGAUUCUGUUUCGAUUUCUUCAAGACUUACGUCGUCGGAAUUAAUAGUAAAAUCUGAAUGUUGUACGUGAUUUCCGUUCAAAACAAAUUGAUCUAAAUAAAGACGCAAAAUUAUCGAAUAAUAUGCAAUAACGUAAAGAUUCACUGUAACAAGAGCUCUCUGCUGUGAACAUAUUUAAUCGUUAUUCUCUCUUUAUAAUGUAACAAGAAGAGCGUUACGUUGCGAGGCAUUUGCAGAGAUUCAUAUGGAAUGAGACAUGCGAUUUUCUGUUGAUGGUUUGCAACAUUGAAACAUUUAAGCGACCAGGAGAUAAAUGAGACAAAAAUAUAAAUUGGAAUAUCAUGGAAGAGCAAAAGGAUCCCAUCAACCGUAUCGAUUAAACGAGCACAUGAUAAAUGGCGAGUACAAAGGGAAUUGUGUUACGCCCAAAAGUCCAUACUUACGCUAGUCCGAUGACUUCGUACCGACACUCCUGAAGAAAUGUACGCGCCGUUUGUAUUGUGUAACACGCGUUUCGCAUACACACCACUUUGUAUCCAUGUUACAUACUCGCCGACAAGCGCGUCCGACGACAGAAACUCAUGUACUUACGGAGCUAUUGCGUACUCGAGCCGUAUUGUAAUACACGGCCGUGCUCUCGUGUACGAUAUAAAGCGAAUGAAAGACGGAAGAGAGGGAGAGAACCGCUUCUGUGUGACAGUCUUUGAAAAAUGUGAUACGCUUAAAAAGAUAGAGAUCAAAAUCUCUAGAUUAUACUCUGUGAAUUUCCUCUCUCUUUCUCCUUCUCUCCCUCUCAUUAUCUGUAUCUUCCCCAUUAUCGAUGAAUGCACCGAGGGUAUCGUUCCUUAAUUUUGUGAACUAGCGAUUGACAAAUGAUCGUCGAAACGGUCGAGACGUCGAUAUCGGCGGAAAAAGAGAGUGAGUGAUCUGAUGAAUGAUUGAUGAUAUCCGCAUGUGUAUAUGAUUCGCGUGCGUGGAAAGAGAACGAGAAGAGACGUUACUUCAGAACGCUUUUCUUUCUUCUUCGACGAGGCUGAUUCGUAGUUUCGCGUAAGUUGUAACUACCGCAUACUCUACUGUACAUAAGACGCUGAAUCUCGUACGCGAUUAUUUAUUCGUGUACGCAUUCUGUGAAUCGUCCUCGCGAGUAAAAAGUUAAUUCACGCGAUCCAAUAGCGAGCGGCACAUAUAAUUGUAAUAUCCGAUUGCGAGGAGAAGGCGCGCGCGAAAGGUCCACGUGACAGAGGGAGAGAGCAUCUCCGAUAUUUAUAUCACUGUCCUGCCACACCGGGAAAUCCACGUUGUUGGCGUUAAUUAUAAUAACAAAUAUCCUGUUGCGCGAGACGUUUAGCCCGUAGUUUUUUAGCCGAUUUUUCAAAGCGCGCGCGGGCAAAGUCACACAAUUUUUAUUAAUAUAACACGACUGACUGCUGGUUAAGUAUGGUUGUGAGCAAAAGAGUCCUCGUCUCCUCGGACAUUGUAAACAGUACACAGACACACACACGAACCUUUCCGUUUUUUCCUUAGGUGAUUACAUACCUUGCACGGAGAGAGGAGCGAUUGUCAUGCAUUACGCGCUUAGGAAUGGGAUUACAGCUCAUUGUAAUGUAAAAUGAUCAUCUUCGCUCGAGAUUUUUUUUUUCCCUUUUUGUUUAUUUGUAAAUGGUACGAAUAGAUUGUGUGGAUCAGGAUCGAUGUAUCUUCGUGUCUUUCAUUCCCCUCAUCGGCUCAAACGGCGAUGAUAUAUUGAUAUAUCGAUACCGUGAUCGUGCGUAUCUAUGGAAAUGAGGCUGCGUAACUAUUAAAAUAUCUUGUAAAGUGUAACUUGGAGAAAAGAAAUCAGUUAACGCGUUUUCCCUCGUGUGUUGUGAUCGUUUAGUUAUUGUAUUUUGAUAUCGUCGAUUUAUGAGUGUUGGAGAAAACCACCGUCUCAAUGAAACACAUGAGAUUAAGUUAUAAUAAGCACUAUAUAUAGUAUAUCUCUCGUAUGGAGAAAGUCAAAUGACGCGCAUAGUGAGGCUUAUACGCAUAUGCAUUUUUGACUUACUAUAUGUUCGUAUUGUUUUAAUGGACGAAUUGUUGAAGAAUAAAAUUGCUAUAAUUGCUAACGAUCAUAAUAAAUCGCCGUUUUUAUAAAAUUAGCAGAUUACGUGCAUUUGGUAUUGUACGACUGUGUUGUGUAUGCGUGCAUGUGUAUUUAAUAUUUUAUUAUAGAGUACGCGAAUUUUUUAUUUACGAGGCAAGAAACAUGAAAUCAGACUGUAUAAAGCGGUCGUGCGUGCGUGCGUCUGUGAGGUAUCAUUUUUGCAAUGUGCAAAAAACACACGAGGAGAAACAGAGUGAAAAAUUGAAGCAAA